UCCCGUCCGCCCUGCCUUCGCUUUGCGGACUCCCUCGGCUUCUGAUUUGGAAGGACGCUGAUUGGCUGGAAGCGAUUCAACGCACGCGGGGCAAGAGAGCUUUGUCUGAGUUGAAGUGAAGUUGUACAGAUUUUAGACCGGAGUCAGCAAUCACGGGCGUUUGGUCUCUGCAGCCGAGCGGAGAAAAGGAGAAAGAAUCGCUGGGAAAAGAGCCACUGCAGACUCCGCCGGCGCCCUGCGAUAGAUGCACGCCGACUACACAAGGGGGGAAACGCGGACGUGACACUCUUUCGCCUGCCAAGAGGACAAACGGCCGCACAAAUGCAAGGACUGGACUCCAUGCCGAUAUUAUCUGGGAGUCGUGACACGGUGUGUAUAAGACAAAAGUUUGCGAGCUGUUAAUUGCUGUGCUGUGUUAUUGAGAGACGCUUUCAAGUUUCGAGUACCAAAUGUAGCCUAGCUUUAAGUUGCCGAAGGAAGUUGAGGGAAUUGCUUUGCUGUUUUAACUGGCUCUGUGAGAGGAAAUCUCAUAAAACUGACCGAGGUACCAAAUGAAUGCUAAAAUGCACUUUAGAUUUGUUUUUGCACUCCUGGUGGUAUCUUUCAACUCCGAGGUACUGGGCAAGAAUUUGAAAUACAGGAUUUAUGAGGAGCAGAGGGUUGGAUCGGUAAUUGCAAGAUUAUCAGAGGAUGUGGCUGAUAUUUUAGUUAAGCUACCUAAUCCUUCUACUGUUCGCUUCCGAGCCAUGCAGAGGGGCAAUUCUCCUCUACUCGUGGUCAACGAGGAUAGCGGGGAAAUCAGCAUAGGGGCAAAAAUUGACCGCGAACAACUAUGCCAGAAAAACUUGAACUGUUCCAUAGAGUUUGAUGUGAUCACUCUACCCACUGAGCAUCUGCAGCUUUUCCAUAUUGAAGUUGAAGUGCUGGAUAUUAAUGACAAUUCUCCCCAGUUUUCAAGACCUCUCAUACCGAUUGAGAUAUCAGAGAGUGCAGCAGUUGGGACUCGUAUCCCUCUGGACAGUGCAUUUGAUCCGGAUGUUGGGGAAAAUUCCCUCCACACGUACUCUCUCUCUGCCAAUGAUUUUUUUAAUAUCGAGGUUCGGACUAGGACUGAUGGAGCUAAGUAUGCAGAACUCAUAGUGGUCAGAGAGCUGGAUCGGGAGCUGAAGUCAAGCUAUGAGCUCCAGCUCACCGCCUCGGACAUGGGGGUGCCUCAGAGGUCUGGCUCAUCCAUACUAAAAAUCAGCAUUUCCGACUCUAAUGACAACAGCCCCGCUUUUGAGCAGCAGUCUUAUAUAAUACAGCUCUUAGAAAACUCCCCCAUUGGCACUUUGCUGCUAGAUCUGAAUGCCACUGAUCCAGAUGAGGGCGCUAAUGGGAAAAUCGUCUAUUCCUUCAGCAGUCAUGUGUCUCCCAAAAUUAUAGAGACUUUUAAGAUUGAUUCAGAAAGAGGACAUUUGACUCUUUUCAAGCAAGUGGAUUAUGAAAUCACCAAAUCCUAUGAGAUUGAUGUUCAGGCUCAGGAUUUGGGUCCAAAUUCAAUCCCAGCUCACUGCAAAAUUAUAAUUAAGGUUGUGGAUGUUAAUGACAAUAAACCUGAAAUUAACAUAAACCUCAUGUCCCCUGGAAAAGAAGAAAUAUCUUAUAUCUUUGAAGGGGAUCCUAUUGACACAUUUGUUGCCUUGGUCAGGGUUCAGGACAAGGAUUCUGGGCUGAACGGAGAAAUAGUUUGUAGGCUUCACGGACAUGGUCACUUUAAACUUCAGAAGACUUACGAAAACAAUUAUUUAAUCUUGACAAAUGCCACGCUGGAUAGAGAAAAGAGGUCUGAAUACAGUUUGACUGUAAUCGCUGAGGACAAGGGGACACCCAGUCUCUCAACAGUAAAACAUUUUACUGUUCAAAUCAAUGAUGUAAAUGACAAUCCACCCCACUUCCAGAGAAGUCGAUACGAAUUUGCAAUCUCAGAGAAUAACUCGCCAGGGGCAUAUAUCACCACUGUCACAGCCACAGAUCCUGAUCUUGGAGAAAAUGGGCAAGUCACAUAUACCAUGUUGGAGAGUUUUAUCCUGGGGAGUUCCAUAACUACAUAUGUAACCAUUGACCCGUCUAAUGGAGCCAUCUAUGCCCUCAGAAUCUUUGAUCAUGAGGAAGUGAGUCAGAUCACUUUCGUGGUAGAAGCCAGAGAUGGUGGAAGUCCAAAGCAACUCGUAAGCAAUACCACAGUUGUACUCACCAUCAUUGAUGAAAAUGACAACAUCCCUGUGGUUAUAGGACCGGCACUGCGCAAUAAUACCGCAGAAAUCUCCAUCCCCAAAGGGGCUGAAAGCGGCUUUCAUGUCACAAGAAUAAGGGCAAUGGACAGAGACUCUGGUGUGAAUGCUGAACUCAGCUGCUCCAUAGUAGCAGGUAACGAGGAGAAUAUCUUCGUAAUUGAUCCACGAUCAUGUGACAUCCAUACCAACGUCAGCAUGGAAUCUGUUCCCUACACAGAAUGGGAGCUCUCAGUUGUCAUCCAGGACAAAGGCAAUCCUCAGCUGCAUACCAAAGUCCUUCUGAAGUGUAUGAUCUUUGAAUAUGCAGAGUCAGUGACAAGUACAGCCAUGACCUCAGUAAGCCAGGCAUCCUUGGAUGUCUCCAUGAUUAUAAUUAUUUCCUUAGGAGCAAUUUGUGCAGUGUUGUUGGUUAUUAUGGUGCUGUUUGCAACUAGGUGUAACCGAGAAAAGAAAGACACUAGAUCCUACAACUGCAGGGUAGCGGAAUCAACUUACCAGCAUCACCCAAAAAGACCCUCCAGGCAGAUCCACAAAGGGGACAUCACAUUGGUGCCUACCGUAAACGGCACUCUGCCCAUCAGAUCUCAUCACAGACCGUCUCCUUCUUCAUCUCCUACCUUAGAAAGAGGGCAAAUGGGCAGCCGGCAGAGUCACAACAGUCACCAGUCCCUCAACAGUUUGGUGACAAUCUCAUCGAACCACGUGCCAGAGAAUUUCUCAUUAGAACUCACCCAUGCCACCCCUGCUGUUGAGGUCUCCCAGCUUCUUUCAAUGCUUCACCAGGGACAAUAUCAACCAAGGCCAAGUUUUCGAGGAAACAAAUAUUCCAGGAGCUAUAGAUAUGCCCUUCAAGACAUGGACAAAUUUAGCUUGAAAGACAGUGGCCGUGGUGACAGUGAAGCAGGAGACAGUGAUUAUGAUUUGGGGCGAGAUUCUCCAAUAGACAGGUUGCUGGGCGAAGGAUUCAGCGACCUGUUUCUUACAGAUGGAAGAAUUCCAGCAGAUUUGAAAACUGAAGCUUAUAAAGGUUAAAAAAAAGUAUCCAAAAUCAAGCAAUUUGUACAUGAUAGAGCUAUGCGGCUGUGCACGGAAGAGUGCAGGGUCCUGGGACACUCUGACCAGUGCUGGAUGCCAGCUCUGCCCUCACCUUCCUCUGAUUAUAGGAGUAACAUGUUCAUUCCGGGGGAAGAAUUCCCAGCACAGCCCCAGCAGCAACAUCCGCAUCCGAGUCUUGAGGAUGACACCCAGCCGGUAGAUGCUGGUGAGAAGAAGAAGAGUUUUUCCACUUUUGGGAAGGACUCCCCAAACGAUGAGGACUCUGGGGAUACCAGCACGUCCUCUCUGCUCUCGGAAAUGAGCAAUGUGUUCCAGCGCCUCUUACCCCCUUCCCUGGACACCUAUUCUGAGUGCAGUGAGAUGGAUCGAUCCAACUCUCUGGAACGCCGGAAGGGACCUUUGUCAGCCAAGACUGUGGGUUACCCACAAGGGGUGGCGGCCUGGGCGGCCAGUACGCAUUUUCAAAACCCCACCACCAACUCUGGCCCCCCACUUGGAACUCACUCCAGUGUGCAGCCUUCUUCAAAAUGGUUGCCGGCCAUGGAGGAGAUCCCUGAAAAUUAUGAAGAGGAUGAUUUUGACAAUGUGCUCAACCACCUCAAUGAUGGCAAACACGAACUCAUGGAUGCCAGUGAGCUAGUGGCUGAGAUUAACAAACUGCUUCAAGAUGUCCGCCAGAGCUAGGAAAUGACAGCAAAGCAUUUUUGUUUCCAUAUAUGUGGAAAUAGGGGACAGCGAAAACCCUGAAAGAACUGGCAUUGCCACGUAGUUGCAUUUAUCAUAAAUGUGUCUGUGUAUAUUGAAUAUUAAAUACUGUAUUUUCGUAUGUACACAAUGCAAGUGUGAUUAUUUUAAUCUGUAUUUUAAAAAUACAUUUGUACCUUAUAUUUAUGUGUAAUUUAACAGACAAAUUUUAUUUUUUUACUCCCAUGAUAAACAUGUGUCUCCUAAUCAUGUAGAAACUAGCCACUGUUCAAAUCUGAUAUAAUAUGCAACCACAAAGUAUAAAGGCACUGCUUAGAUUAGUUAUGUUGGGGAAGAAACUGUUAGGCUGUAGGAACAAUCCCACUAAAGCAUUAUUCAAUUCUUAGUUCCAUUAAGUGAUCCAGCUUCUAUUUUCUUUAACUUUUUUAAAAAAGUAAGCAUCAAGAAAAAUGUUUAACUCUUUUAUUAUUAUCGUUAUUAUUUUUACUGGUCUCUGCUAGUUCUGAGAGUUGGACUCUUACAGUAAAAUUGAAACAUGAGGUGAAAUUUUAUUUCAGGACUGGGAAGUAUCUUUCACAGACAAUGAUGUAAAAAAACAGGACUAGAAUCGGUUUUCUAACUCCCAGGCUCCUACUAUUCCAGGACAUCACACUGGCUUGUUCUUGAGAAUAUUUCUGCUAAAGUAUUAUCAUCUAUUCAUAAUCAAGGUAAACAAUGAAUUUUAUUCCAUCCUUGUAAUAUGAGAGGUGCCCCAAGGAAAUGGAAUCUGCCUUUUAAAUGGAUAACAGUGUGUAUUUUAACAGCAUAAAGUAUUAAUGGACAAAGACAAUUAUGUUGGUGUCCCUCCUAGGGUAGUAAAUACAAUUGAUUUAUCCUGAAGCUCUUCUAUUUGAAUCUUCCCCUCUCCUCUCACAAUACUUGAACAUGUUUAUUUUUUGUAAUGUUUUUCGCUAUAACUCUUCACUCUUAGCUUUGUCUCUAGUGCAUGAUCUCAUAUUUUUGCUUUUAUUUUUAGUAUAAGAACAUUUAUAAAAUUACAGUUUCUGUUAUUGCAAUUCUGUUUUAUUUGUUGUGUGACAAACGGCAAAUUCUUUAUUUAUUGUGCUGUUAUCUCUCUGUGUGGAAUGCCUUGGAAAGGGAGAUCGUUGUUAUUAUGACUGUUCUCAUUUAUGACCUAGCUUCUAUUAAUGUUAUUUCUAUGAAUACACUAUCUUGAUUGUACUCUCCAGAAAAUUUUACUGUCAAUGAAAAUAAAAGGAAAAUUGAAGUAAAGCUAAAGAA